AUGCCAGAUCAGGACACCGAUCGGACGGACACCAAGGAUGUCAAGACGGAAAAUUGGACUGACAUCAAGGAUUUCGAGCCAAAAAAGGAAAAUCUGAACUAUCAAACCCAGAUCAAACUCGAUCCUGGCGAAGCCUUCGAUGCUAAAUCCCCGAUCCACCCGACCGAGGGCAUCGACCUACGAGAUCCGCUGGCGGAAAGAGCAGCAGCGACCACCCCACAGGAUGCCGAGGACGACGAAGAGAUAUAUUACCAUGAGAGUGGUGAUCUCUCAGCUGAAGAUCUAGAGGGAAACCUCGCUGUCCUCCCUGAGAUCCCGAUCUCGACGACUGCGAAGGUCAGCAUCGAGGAUCUGCAGGUGGGAGACUCCGGAUCAGCAACAGCCGAGGAGAUUGAGAGACUCCGGCAGAUCAUUUGGAAGAAACGACAUCUCCUGAUCGGAAAAGGGAACGCCUUACCCCCGGCGGCCAAGGGCGUCGUGUGCGACAUCGAUGUCGGAAAUGCGAAACCGAUCGCACUGCGAACCCGGAAACUGCCCACGCGAUUUCGAGAAAAAGUCGCAGGCCUGAUCAAGGGCCUCCUAGCAGCCGAGAUCAUCCGACACUCGACAUCGCCAUGGGCCUCACCGAUCGUGAUUGUUCCCAAGAGUAACGGUGUGGAUAUCAGGUUGUGCAUCGACUACAAGUUGGUAAACAGCCUCACGAGGCUGAUGGUAUACCCUAUGCCCCUGAUCAGCGAUCUGCUGGAGGACCUGGAUAAGGCAUUAUGGUAUUUGUGGUGA